AUGUCUUCUUCAUCCUCAAUACUUCAUAGCAGUAAUACGAACAAUAAAAAAAAAACAUAUAAUUUCAAAAUAACCAAAUUUGUAUCCAGCGAAUAUAAUUUUGAUCCAAGAGAUACCAAAAUAUGUGAAUUUUAUAAUCCGAGGGCCGCAGCUAUUGCUGCUGCCAAUAUAUCUGGUGGCAGUGCAGCUACAUCUACUAGUAAUAAUAAUAAUAAUAAUAAUGGUAUUGGCAACAAAGCACGUCAUAAUCCAGCACAUAUGACCUGUCCCAACGGUCUUAAUUGUCCCAAUAAACAUAUAUUACCUAAUUUCAAUAAUAAAAUUGUUUGCAAACAUUGGCUUAGAGGGUUGUGUAAAAAAAAUAAUAAUUGUGAAUAUUUACAUGAAUAUAAUUUACGGAAAAUGCCAGAAUGUGUAUUUUUCAAUAAGAAUGGAUAUUGUACGAGUACCAACGAGUGUCCGUAUCUACAUAUAGACCCAAGAACAGGACACCCAAUAUUGAAAGAUAGUAUAACUGGUAAUGAUAGUGGUGGUAAUGAUGGCUUGGGUAGUAAUGAAAAUGGGACAAAAGACGAAGUUAUCAUAGAGGAAUGUGAAGCUUAUAAGCAAGGGUUCUGUGCAAUGGGACCAAACUGCAAAUUUAAGCACAUAAAAAACAAGAAGCUAUGCUUGAGGUAUUUAAAUGGGUUUUGUCCUGUCGGUAGUUCAGAAUGCGAGGAUGAACAUCCAUGCUUGACACAAUUUUUAAUUGAGAAAUUGAAGAUCAAAAACGAUUUAGAUAUCAAUACUAAGAAGAAUGAUGCUAUUAAAGAGGCUAGAUUGAAUGCAUUAAUUAAUGGGGAACCAAUGCCAGCUUAA